CAUUCUUUGUAAUAAACAAACAACAAUACCAGCUAUACUACAAUGGCUUCCAUGCAAAACUCAACCUUCGAAACUCAAGUCCCAACCGAGUACCUCAUAGCUCGCGUAACACAAAUCCAUUCCAGCAUCUGCAAGCUCGAGUCUUUAAGGCCUUCGAAGCAAGUGAACGCAUUGUUCACUCAGCUUGUCAAUCUCUGCAUCCUCCCAUCAGCCAUAGACAUUUCCACCAUACCCCAAGAAACACAAACCAUGCGUCAGAAUCUUAUUUUACUUUGCGGUCGAGCCGAAGGCCUUCUCGAGCUCGAAUUCGCAACAUUUUUAACAAAAGUACCGAACCCUAUGGACAAUCUUGACUUGUUUCCAUACUAUGGAAACUACGUCAAGUUAGCCAAUUUGGAGCACACAAUUCUUGUUCAGAAUGGCGUGGUGCAGCCUAAGAGACUCGCGUUCGUCGGGUCCGGGCCGAUGCCACUGACCUCAUUUGUACUGGCAACCGAACACUUAAAGUACACCAGCUUUGAUAACUUCGACAUUGAUGAAUCAGCCAAUAAUGUAGCACGUGAGAUUGUGAGUACUAAUGUUGAUCUCGAGAAGAGGAUGAAAUUUAGAACGUGUGAUAUAUUGGAUGUGAAGGAGGAGCUCAAGGAAUACGAUUGUGUCUUUCUUGCGGCUCUGGUGGGCAUGGACAAGGACUUGAAGGUGAAGAUCAUAUCGCAUAUUAGGCAUUAUAUGAAGGAAGGGGGGUUUUUGCUUGUGAGGAGUGCUCACGGGGCUCGGGCUUUUCUGUACCCCGUGGUUGAGGAGGAGGAUUUUUCGGGGUUUGAGGUUCUGUCCAUCUUCCAUCCCUCUGAUGAUGUGGUGAAUUCGGUUGUUCUUGUUCGUAAACCCGUCUUCUAAGUUCUGCAAGAAGCUGUGACUGUGUGUGCUCUAUAGCUAUCUGUUCAAGGUUUUCGUGGUUUAAAACUAGUAGCAAAGGUCUUGUUUGGUAUUGUAAUAGAGUGGCGUUAGCCAUGCAGGCUUGUUCGUUCAAAAUUAUCAAUAAAAGUUUUUUAUGUACUCAACAAAUUUACAUUAACAUGUG